GAAAUGCCCUCUUCUCAGUAUUCUCACGCUCGUGCUUCCUCCUCCACCUCUUCCACAUUUUCGAAGGGGACAAACUCUCUAGCAAUAACGUCUCUUCCCAAAGAAUUCUUCCAGCCUCACCUACUUUUGCACUUGUAUACCCAUUUUCAAACGUAUGGCAAGAUAAACCAAUGGGUUCCCUUACCUGGAUUCGGACGAAUUUUGGUCGUUUAUGAAAAUGAAGACGACGCAGAAAAAGCUAAAAUAUAUUCGGAUCCGAUUGUUCUGAACGCGACCGAGGACAGACAGGAACUCGUUCUAAGGGUUUACCGUGCGGAUCCUAAUCCUCUAAUAUCCGACGUAAACACCGAGAACCAAUUUCUUCAACCACCUGGGUCAGAACAACAAUUCCUCACCUCACCAGGCGGUGAACGUAUGAAAGAAAUUUUACCGAAUCCGACAUCAGUUACAGACGAAUUGAUCGCUGCUCUCAAAAACCUUUAUCUCCAACAAAAUCACAACCGAAAAUCUGGAGUUGAGGUUCUUAUGGACGCCGCCGAAUCCGGAGUAUCAGUUGUCGUGGAGGACUGCGAUUUCGGAGUCGACGAGAACCGCGAUACUUGGGAGGAGGAUAGCAACUGGAUGUAUGGUGUUAUGACGCCUUUGCGGACGAUGUGGAGGCCGUUCUGUGCAGCGAUCCCUCCAUUUACGUCGUCUAUGUCUGUGCCGGUGUAUUGAGGUUUCCUGUGACCCCCGUUCGUGUGUGUUUCCUUUUGUCAAUGGACUCCUACUUGUACCAUUCAAUCCCUCCUAGCUAUAUUAUCGAACUGUUAUAUUGUAACCGGCUGUGUAUGUGUGUAUAGCGAAGUUUUCUUGCUCUUAAUGGUCUCGGGCAAAGGACAAUAGACAAUGGACAAUGGACAUUCAUGUAUCAUGUAGCACAUCACUCUAUCUAAGGUGUUGUCAUUUUUGUGGCAGAAUUCAGAAUGUCCGGAUAUGAUCUGAAAUAUCGAUUCUAGUUGUCCUCCGACGACCUCAAGGCCGACG